ACGUCAAAUCAGCAAGAAGAAGCAUUUCAUAUACAAAAAUUCAAAAACAACAUUUUCUUGCGAAAUUCAUAAUGUCCGAGGAAGUGACCACCGAUGCAGUUGCUCCGCCGGCGGAGCAGGCCUCCAAGCUGACCAAUGCCCAGAAGGCGCGGAUCGAAAGGAAUCUGGCCAAGGCGCAGAGGCUGCGGGAGGCCAAGUUGGUUUUGCAUCCCUUCAAGGAUCUGGCCAGCAACAAGGACGGCAGCCAUCCGGAGGCGGCCCUCAGCCAGGGAAGCUCUGUGAUCAAGGUGCAGGGCACCAAGUACAUCGACUCCGGCGGCGGCUUCCUGCUGGAGCAGCCCGUUCUGCCCGCGGCACCGGGUGCUGCUGGUCUCAACAAGUCUGCGGAGGAGACCCCUCCCAUCCUGGACGAUGCCAUCGCCAUUCCCGUGCAGUACGAGGAGUGCCUGGAGUGCGGCGACAUGUUCGCCGACUCCUAUCUGUUCAACAACUUUGGGCACUCGGUGUGCGACAAGUGCCGCGACAACGACGACCGCCAUGCAUUGAUCACCCGCACGGAGGCCAAGGCGGAGUAUCUGCUGAAGGACUGCGACUUCGACAAGCGGGAGCCCAAGCUGCGCUACAUUAGCCGCAAGAAUCCGCACAACGUGCGCUGGGGCGAGAUGAAGCUGUAUCUGCAUCAGCAGAUCCAUCAGCGCGCCCUGGAGGUGUGGGGCAGCGAGGAGGAGCUGGUGCGCCAGCACGAGUCGCGCGAGGACAAGCGCGAGGUGGGCAAGGCGCGCAAGUACAACAAGCAGAUGAAGCAGCUGCGCAUGGAGGUGCGCAGCAGCAUCUACACCAAGAAGACGCACGCCGUCCACGAGCACGAGUUCGGCCCGGACACCUACGACGCGGAAGAGGACACCUACACGCACACCUGCAUCACCUGUCCGUACAGCGAGACCUACGAGAAGAUGUAGGGCCCUGGAUUUACCCUAGUUUGUAGGAGGGGACUUGAUUUCAUUCCCCCAAAUGAACAGAAGAGAUUGAGAGCUCCUUAUUUAGCCUAGUUUUGUAGAUGGUGGUUCUCCAUUCAAGACCCCAUAUGAUUUUUGUGAAGAAUCAGUAAUGCUGCUAUUGAAAUGAUUAACCAGCACUUUUUUUGUCUAAGUAUACGUCCCUAACUUAAGAAACUUGUGUUAUAAACAAUGAUUAAGAUUAAGAGCUCCUUAUUUACCCUAGUUUUGUAGAAGGCGGUUCUCCAUUCAAGACCCCAUAUGAUUUUUGUGAAGUAUCACUAAUGCUGCUAAAGAAAUGGUUAACCAGCACUUUUUUUUGUCUAAGCUAAGGUCCCCAACUUAAGAAACUUGUGUUAUAAACAAUGAUUAAGAUUAAGAGCUCCUUAUUUACCCUAGUUUUCUAGAUGGCGGUUCUCCAUUCAAGACCCCAUAUGAUUUUUGUGAAGAAUCACUAAUGCUGCUAAAGAAACGGUUAACCAGCACUUUUUUUGUCUAAGCUAAGGUCCCUAACUUAAGAAACUUAUGUUAUAAGCAAACAGUUAAGAUACACUUUGGAGUUAUUUGAAAACCUUGGCUAGCUAGCCCACAAUAUGAAUUUGAAGUGAAUCCCAUUUAUGCUACUACUAUGGAAUUAAUCAUUUAACAAAUAUCUUUUUCUUCUUCCUGGAAUUUUGUCUUGUAAUUCCAAAGAAUCUGAAGUGAAUAAAAGUAAAUUGUAUUAUUAAACGGAA